AUGGUUGAGAUGGAGCCAAGAAGGUCGGCUAGAGCCAAUAAGGGAGUCCACACGAAACGAGAGCUCGAAGAGUAUCAAGUGGGUGGCGUAGAGAAAACGGGAUCCCACAAACUUAGUACAAAGAAUGAGGUCAAAAAAGAUCAUGAGAAAGUCCCAACUACUGUGAAAAAAGAAAAGAUAAAGGAAGAGGUAAAAGACAAAGUUUUUGACAGUAAUGAUGAUAACAAUUCUGUCGAAAAUGAAGAUAACGAAGAAGUUAGGUGUACUCCAUGUGGAGCCACAACGGAGAAUUACGAUGAAGAAAAUGACACUUUGGGGGAUAUGAUACUUUGUGAUAAAUGCAAGACAUGGCAACACAUCAAGUGUAUGGGUUACAGAAAAAACAAUGUACCCAAAGUUUAUCAAUGUGAUAUAUGCUCUGGAGAACCAAGACCUGCAAAUGUGAAGCAGCAGCAACAGCAGCAGCAGCAGAAAAAUAAGAAAAAAAGGGCACAACAACUGGAAACUGUUUUGGAAACAGAUUCAGCAACAAAGAAACAAAAAACCUCAUCAUCAACGCCCGAGGAGAAAGAGCCACUUGAGCAGGAAGAAAUUGUGACUAUAGAAAGUUUGAAAAACCCACUUCGAAUUAGCACUGCAAAGGCUUUUUACAAUUUUUUCAGAAAAAGCUACCCUCUGAAACAAGGAGAUGUUGAAAUAAGUGAUGAGGAAAAGGAAAAGAAAGCCACUCAAUUAGCCUUGGAGGUUGAGGAUAUCAUUCAGCGCGAGUUUCCUGGAAAAUUAUAUGUUAGUGAGGGACGUCGAAUAUUGUUUGUAUUGAAGAAACAAUUUACAGAUGAGGUUUUUGCAGGAACUUUAACGUUGGAAGAUGUUGUGAAAAAGACACCCGAGGAGAUCAAUCAGGAUAUUGCCAGGAUUGAGCAAAAAAAUAGAGAAAACAUAAAAAAUAUUAUCUUGAUUGAAAACGACCAGUCUCAGAUCGUAAGAAGGACACAUAAAGGUGAGAUUGUUAAGGAAAAUGAAAACGAAGAAUAUGACGGUGGGAACAUUAUGGAUGUUAGUAUCGAUGCUAGACCAGUCGACCAUCGCCGAUUCUCAGAAGAAAACACUAUAAACCUGACACUGAAGACAUUGCAACAAAGUAAGGGUCGCCAGAAUGCAUACAAUCAUACCAAUCCUAGAUUUGGGGAUGAUUUUUCAAGUGAUGAUGAUGCAGAAGAAGAGCAAGAAGAAAAACAAGAAGAAGAAGGAAAAGAAAAUGUGGAAUUAGAAGUUGGAGAAAUGGAACACGGUGAUGAAGAAGGAAUAGACAAAGAUGGUAUUUUGGAUGGAAAUCAAACAAAAGUUUCUUUUGUUGAUGGCGAAGAAGGUGAAUUAUUAGAACGCAAAAAAUCCCAUUCUUCAGAAUCACUAAGUGAUAUCGAGACUAGAAGUACAUCCGAUGAUGGCAAAUUAGAAGAACUCUUAUCAGGAAAUGAUGAUUUUUCACAAAAUUACAACAGCAACAAUAGCAACAAUAGCAACAGUGGUAACAGAAAAGAGAGAUUCGAGCCUCCAGAAGUAUGGCACGGGUCAAUCACUUUUCCUGAAUAUUCACAUUUCAAAGCAGUAGGUAAAUUCUACUCUUCAACUGAUGAUGAGCAAGAUCAUUACUCGUUAUCGAAAGCUACCGCAAAGGAUAUAUUAAAGGAAACCAACUAUGUUGUAAGAGGCAGGCUUGAACGAGCUAGAUGUGAUAAAUACCUCAAUGAGAUAACUGCUACUCGAAAUCUCUAUUUUGUUCAAAUCCAACCGGAUGACCUUGCAUCGCCUACUGAUGCUACAAAGUAUAAGCGAAAUUAUGAAAGACUUUACAACUACUUUAUAAAGGAAAAUAAAGUUGGUGUGUUGAGUGGCCGUCCUGACUUUGUUAAGGAUUCAUAUAUUAUGCCAAUUGAUUUUAGAGAUGUAAACUUGAGUUCUGCGAUACAAGCACACAAGAGGGACUUGAGAAUGGGAUUAUUUGCUGUGUUUGUAGUUCAAAAACAUUAUAUACCGCAAAACGUGCCUUCAAAAGCAACUCCUCCUCUCUCACAUCCAAAUCCUUAUAUACAAUUACAGCCACAACAACCACCACCACAACAAUCACAUCAACAACAAUCUCAACAACAACGACAAUCACAUCAACACCGAUACCAGCAAGUUCAAGAGUUUCACCAGGAUCGUCAUCAAUCUUCAUUACCACCACCGCCUUCCUCUUUACCUGCAGUACCUUCUUCGUUACCGCCAAUACCAUCCAUGCAACAUGGUGCUACACUUUACAAUAAUGAUCAAGAAUCCAACGGCGCAGAAGAAAACUUGAGCUCGAUUUUAGACCAGCUAAAGUAA